AUGUCCCAGUUUCCAAUUUCCAUCAAACCGGAACUCCUGCGUGAGAAAGUGAUAAUAGUUACGGGUGGAUCUAAUGGCAUUGGAGCCAGUUUUGUAAAGUUGUGUUGUGGAAAUGGCGCGUAUGUCUGUUUUGGCGACGUCGCGCUUGAAGCAGGGCGAGAACUCGAACGAGAAUGCAAUCAUCUCGAGACCGGGCAGCUCCCGCGAACGAUCUUCUGUCCAACCGACGUGACGGAUUACAGCGCAGUUGUCGCUCUGUUCGACUGCGCAUUGCAGACUUACCAUCGGAUUGACCAUGUAGUUUCUUGUGCUGGGAUCGGAGAGAUUGGGAACUUGUUCGAUCCCAAGUUGAACCUGGAGUCGAUUCGCACGGUAAUGACGAAAUCCCCGCCACCAGAGCGCAAAACCCUUGAUGUCAACCUCCUCGGCUGUAUCUACGUGACUCGAAUCGCCCUAGUCUAUCUCCGCCAAAACAGACGAGCUGAUGAAGAUCGAUCCAUUGUUUUGGUUUCGUCAGUAGCAGGAUUCAAAGAAUCUCCAGGGAUCUUCGUCUACCAAGCUUCUAAGCACGGCGUGAUUGGCCUAAUGCGGUCUCUACGGCGGUAUACCUUCAGGCCAGACACACAUAACAUCCGCAUCAACACAGUGUGCCCAUGGAUGACGCAAACGGCCAUGACCAAGGGCAUAGAAAAAUCAUGGCUGGAAGCCAAGCUACCAGUCAACACACCGACGGAUGUGGCUCGAAUCGUCACCAGUUUGUUCUCAGACUCUAACCUGAACGGCAAGUCCAUCUACGUGGAAGGAGGGCGCGGUUGGGAGAUCGAAGACAAUCUCGAUCGUCUCGAGCCUCAGUGGUUAGGGGAAGCACCGAGUGUUAGUUUGAACAAAGGGCAGGAAGUGCUGGGGGACGGGUCGGAUUGGACGACCAAAUGA